CUGCACUGCUUUUUGAUGUCUUCCAUCGUUUUAUUUUGGUUCCAGGGUUCCUGAUCGCCUUUUAAAAUUUAAACCGUUUCGAAAUUUUAUUAGAUUCUUAUUUAAACUCUGUACGAAACCCACAUUCCUGGUACGCGUUUAGCGUCAAUAUUUUGCUUAAGGGUUGAGACACUGUUGUAAGUGUUGUUGUUUACAACUUGCAUUUGCUUCGACUUGUCACUAUGGCGUCCUCAACUCGUCCUGGUGAGGAGAACCCGCUGCGGGACUCGUCAGCUGCAUGAAGCAGAGAUUAUUAGUCAAUGGAGAAUUCAGCGAUGUGCGCUUCGCCGUUGGUCGUGAUUUUGGCCCAGUGAAAAUCUUUGCAGCUCACAAGAACAUUUUGGCAGCGCGCAGUUCCGUGUUCUGCACCAUGUUUUACGGGAGUUUACCGGAGAAUUGCGCCGUUCCCAUCGAUAUUCCGGAUUUCAUGCCUGACGCGUUCGCUAAUAUGCUCUGUUUCAUGUACACGGAUGAAGUGGAGAAUCUGACCGCGGAGAACGCUUUUGACACCAUGAAAUGCGCGGAUAAAUACGACGUGGCGCCGCUGGUGCAGAUGUGUUUGGAGAAGAAUUUCGGCCAGCUGGACGUUGACAACUGCUUGUCCGCGUUGGAAAAGGCAUUCCAAUGGCAUGCUGAUAGUUUUCUGCAGAAGUGCUGGAAAUUGCUGGAUGAGAAGACGGAAGAGAUUCUGCGAUCGGACGAGUUCACGGGCAUCCCUCGGGACACACUGCGCAGCAUACUGCAGCGCAGCACUCUUUCGGCUGAGGAGCAUGACAUUUAUUUGGCUGUGGAGAGAUGGGCCACCGAGGCUUGCAAACAGAAUGACCUGGAGCCGUCCGCUGUCAACCGGCGUCAGAUGCUGGGAGACGCAUUGUUCCUGGUGCGAUUUCCUCUGCUGACCGCCGCGCAACUUGCGAAUGGCCCCGGAACGAAUGGUCUGCUGACGGACAGUGAGCUGCUGAGCAUCUUCCUGUACCAACAUUCCGCCACGAAGCCACCGCUUCCCUUCCCCACGGAGCAGCGACGCAGUGUGCUGCUGGCCAAGGGAUACCGUAUGGACGACGCGGUGUUCGUGCGGGUAGUGGGUGCCGACUGGCUGCUGGCCAAAAUUAUCGGCGUACGCCAGUCGCUGCUGGUGAUUCGGUGGGCCGGGGACGGUCGCGAAGAAAGUGUGGAGCCGGGGGAUGUCGUGCUGGCUGCAGACAUGCGGAUCGACGAUGGUUCCAUGGCUGGAGUUGUUUACUCCCCUGGCAGCGACGUAUUGCUGGAUUGCACUAAUCCCUGAUGGGCUAAGCGUGUCUGGGAGGAAACAGGGUUUUGCAUUUUAUGCGCGUACGUUGUGAAAUUUAUUUUUUUACUGAUUACAGUAUUUUGGUUUGAGCACUUGGUGAUGUUCCCUCCAGUGCCUGUUUGCCGUGAUCUCGGCUGUUCUCCAGUGUUUUAGAUCUGUUUGAUACACUGUGUUUGUUCUGCGCAGGACCUAAAAUCUUAUGCUCGCAUGCAUAUAAAAUUUAUUAAAUACUUAU